AUGAUCAUUACUGGAGAUAAUGUAGAUGGUAUUACUGAUCUUAAAGCAUCCCUUCACCACACUUUUGAGAUGAAAUAUCUUGGUUCUCUUAGUUAUUUUCUUGGCCUUGAAGUCAUAUCCUCUAAUGACAGUAUCUAUCUCUAUCAAGCUUGGUAUUCUUCUGAUCUUCUUGCCCGAGCCGACAUUACCGAUAGUUACACUGAGUCUACUCUUCUUGAGCCUAAUAUUCGGUUUACUCCUAUAGAUGACACUAUUUUGGAUAAUUCUACUCUUUAUCGACAGUUAGUUGAAGGUCUCAUCUACUUGACUAUCAUACGACUAGACAUCACCUAUCCAGUUCAUGUUCUUAGUCAGUUCUUGUCAGCUCCUCGUACUACUUAUUAUGUGGCAUUUCUUCGCAUUCUUCGCAGCAUCAAAGGCACUAUGUUUUAUGACUUUUAUUUUUCUGCCAUUCAUCUUUAA